UAAUUCAAGUAAUAGUUAUAUUUAAGCAAAACUAAAAAAUGGGAUUGAAGGCAUUUUUACUAAUUGUUUUGGCUAUUUUGCUUGUGAUAACAUCAGAGGUUGCAGCUAGGAAGUUGGUUCAGAGAUCCAUCACUUCCUUGGAAAAAGGAACGACAAGUGAGGUAAAUGACGCGAAAUUUUUAGGACUUCCAGUCGGAGGAGGAGGACUUCCAGGAAUUGGAGGAGGAGGAGGAGGACUUCCAGGAAUCGGAGGAGACGUAGGAGGACUUCCAGGAAUUGGAGGAAUCGUAGGAGGACUUCCAGUAGUGGGAGGAGUCGUAGGAGGACUUUCAUGACUCGGAGGACUUUCCGGAACCAAAAGACUUCUCUGAUCUAAUUAAUUACUAAAAAAUAUCUGAAGAAUAUUUACGAUGUCUACUUAUAUAUUAUGUUGUGUGGUUUAGUAAGUAAUAGCUAUUGUUGGACGUAUGAAUAAAUGUAUACCACCAAACAGUGAAGUGGUACAUAAUCCUUUAUCCUCAAUUAGAGGUUCGAAACCUGGGUAUGAAAUCCCCUUCAAUAAGGACUCCCUAUUUGUAGUCAAAUUUCAAAAUGGACAUCAAAACCCAGGUAGGAAACCCAAAUAAAACAUGAAUAAAUGCAUGAUAAAUGACCAUUCAUUUACUAUGGAUGGUUAUCAUGUCAUUUUCUUUGUAUUA